ACAAGCAAGAAAAGAAGAUCCCCCACUCCCAUGUUAAGUUAAUUACACCCUCUCCACCACCAAAAAUCCAACCCAACCCCCCACAAUUAAUGUUUCUCUCUCUUUUUCCUCAGAAAAUUGCCAAGGAGAAGACAACGAUGGGUUUGGUUUUAGAUUGAUAAAAUUUGUGUGUUUUUUGAGGCACCAGAUGGACUCUAUGGAGUCUCAGAGCAAUAAAAGCACCACUACUACUGCUACAACUACUAAUACCAUCAGUGAACGCCACCACCAUGGCCGCCAGAAACAGGAAGCUCCUGCAGCUUCGCUGCAAUUAGUUACUUUGGAUAGGGAUAGUCAACCACGAGCUGCCGUUGCUGGUGGCGCACAUGGACAUGGGUCCUCUUCUCCGACCCCAGUUCAUGUCCCAUUCAUGGGCUCCAUCUCCAAGCAAAUUGGGGCUCAUCAUUCUCCCACUACUACUACUACUCCCACUUCUUCUACUGUCAUCACCAACAAACCUAAUAAAAGACCCACCAAAGACCGCCACACCAAGGUCGACGGCCGUGGCCGUCGCAUCCGUAUGCCCGCCUUAUGCGCCGCCAGGGUCUUUCAGCUUACUCGCGAAUUGGGUCACAAAUCUGAUGGAGAAACCAUUGAGUGGCUUUUGCAACAAGCGGAGCCGGCCAUCAUAGCCACUACCGGAACCGGCACUAUUCCGGCUAAUUUCUCAACUCUUAACGUUUCUCUCCGCAGUAGCGGGUCUACAAUUUCGGCUCCGGCAUCGAAAUCAGCUCCUCUUUCUUUUCAUAGCGCUUUGGGUUUUUAUAAUAACAGUAAUGGGGAUGAACAGAAUCGGAGAUUCAGCAGCAGCACCGCCGCCAUGUUGGGGUUUCACCAUCAGCUUUACCCUCAGAUCUUGAACGAGGGUUCUAUGAGAAGUUCCGAUGAGAAUUUCUCUCCCAAACCAUUCAGAGAAGAUCUUUUCAAGGAGUCGUCCCAUCAGGCCCCCGAAACCGGCGGUGUAAACGCUAGUAAUUCCCCUAAGCCUGGAAGAACCGGAAUGCAAGAGCAUCAAGAACCCGGUUCGGUUCGUACAGCAGCGGCCAACGCCAUACCAACCCCUGCUAUGUGGGCUGUUGCACCGGCCACCACCAACGGCGGCAAUGCAUUUUGGAUGCUGCCGGUAGGCGGAGGUGCCCCCACUUCAACACCGGAAGCCCAGAUGUGGACGUUCCCGGCUCACUACUCAGGUGGUGGCAGCCGGUUAAGUCCGGUUCAACUUGGUUCAAUGAUAAUGCAACAACAAAUGGGAGGUCAACAACUAGGGUUAGGGGUCACGGCGGAGACCAACAUGGCAGUUCUGGGUGGCGGCGUAAACACCUACGGUGGUGGUUCUAGGGUUGGUCUAGGUAUGGAUUUGGAGCAGCAGCAACAUCAAGACAGCCAAACUCAAGGCAGUGAAAGUGGAGAUGAUCAAAAACCCUAAUACAGAUUCUUAAUGAUAAUCAAAAUUAACUUCAAAUUUGUAUUUAUUUUCUUAUGUAUAUUUUUUUUUUCCUUUUUUUCCUGGGGGCUUGUUGUUUGUUAGAUUUGCUAUAGAAAAUGAAAAAAAAAAAAAGAUGAGCCAAUUUGUUUGGUUCAUUGUUUUUUUCAGAGUGAAAAAUGUAUUUAACCCAAUUUCAACUUUUACAGUAAAGAAAAAUCAUUGGA